AAGCGGCGAGACGUGCGUCAGCCUGUAAAUAACAGCGUCUUACUGGCUUGAAUGUGUUCUAGAAACAAGCGCAACCCGCUAGAAGCAGGGUCUCUGCCGUGAAGCAGGGCGAAGUGUUGAGAUUUUGUUUCGCAGCUGAGGGCGGCGAUGCAGGCUGCUAUCCGAUUGGCUGCAGUGGCGUUCCCCAUGGGCCUGUUGCUGUCUCGCACUGUGGCGUGGAUGUCCAGCGGUCGAACCCACGCAGAGCUCAUCGGGAACCUGCGUGAGCAUGGUGUGAUCCGGUCUCAGCGUGUGUAUGAAGUCAUGCUGGCCACAGACCGGGGGCAUUACGUCUCGGAUCUCCCCUACAUGGACUCCCCGCAGCCUAUCGGGUUCAAGGCUACAAUCAGCGCCCCGCACAUGCAUGCACACUCUCUGGAGGUGCUCAGUGACAAUCUGGGGGAGGGAGCCACUGCGCUGGAUGUGGGAUCAGGGAGUGGCUACCUCACUGCCUGCCUGGCCAGGAUGGUGGGCUCCUCCGGUCGUGUGGUGGGUAUUGAUCACAUUGCUGAGCUGGUUCAGGACUCUGAGCGCAACGUCCGAGCCGAUGACCCCACGCUGCUAACCUCCGGACGGGUCAAGCUUGUUGUGGGUGACGGGAGACUGGGGUACCCUGAGGGCGCCCCCUAUGAUGCCAUCCACGUCGGGGCAGCGGCAGCUACCCUCCCCAAAGAGCUCCUGGCCCAGCUGAAGCCGGGGGGCCGGCUGGUGAUCCCGGUGGGCCCCGAGGGAGGGCAGCAGGUCCUGGAGCAGUACGACCGGCAGAGCGACGGCUCUGUGAGCAGGAAGCCCCUCAUGGGCGUGGUCUACGUGCCCCUCACUGACAAGCAGCGCCAGAGGCCAAGAGAUGACCUCUGACAGUGUGUGCUGCUUCAGGUCCUGAGUCCGACUGACUCGAUCCGUUCAGAACCACAGAG